UCCUUAACAGUUUGAGUCGAUGGGCCACCUAAAGAGACUAAGAAUUUUCAUAGGCUUUCUCAAAGACAAAGCAUCCUUAAUCAAAACAACCUUCUCAACCAAACGCCAAACCGCCUCCAUCCGCCACGCCGUCCUCCGUGCCACCUCCCACCGCACUUCCACUCCUCCGUCUAAUAAGCGCAUCGCCGCCGUUCUUUCCUUUGGCCAUGGAUCUCGAACCAGGGCGUCCGCAUGCAUUCAAGCUCUCAUGGACCGCCUGCAUGCCACACGCAACGCUUUUGUUGCCCUAAAGUGUCUCUUCACAAUCCAUCAUAUUAUUACAAGGGGUUCAUUUAUUUUAAAAGAUCAGCUUUCGAUUUAUCCUUCUUAUGGUGGCCGAAACUUUCUUAAUUUGUCAAUGUUUCGCGAUAGUUCGGACCCGGAAACUUGGGAACUGUCGUCAUGGGUAAGAUGGUAUGCAUGUGUUUUGGAGCGAAAUUUAACAGUUUCCAGGGUUGUGGGUUAUUACUUCAGUUCUCCAAAAUCAUCUAAGAAAAUGAAUGAUGAUAAUGAAGAGAAGGUUUUGGCAUUGUUGAGCUCAGAUUUGUUGAGAGAGUUAGAUGCUCUAGUAGGCAGCGUUGAAGAGAUAAGUGACGUGCCCAGUUCGUUGAAUCUUCAGAGGAACAAUUUGGUACACGAGGUUGUAAGAUUGGUCGGUGAAGAUUAUAGGUUAAUACAACAUGAAAUUUUCCUCCGAGUCGGCGAACUCGGAGAGAGAUUAAUCAGUUUGAGUCGGGAAGAGUUGACUCAGUUUUUGGAUACUUUGAAAAGACUUGAAGAUUGCAAAGAUAGAUUGUUACGGUUAUUCGUUAACAGGUAUAAGAAUCAUGGGUUAUGGAAUUCGAUUCACGAAACAACGACGAAGAUCAUGGUGGUGGCAGUGAAUGAGAACGUGAAGGAGAAGGCGUUAAUGAAGAUAUGGAGAAGAGACAAGUCAAGUGAGUUGAGUGGGAUCGGAGAACGAUUUUCUGAGUUCGGACAGUCGCUCCAGUUGACGUCUAGUGAUACCUGGUUAGGGUUGGACCGGGUUCCCCUAUCUUUAUCUACUGCAAGAUGACCUAAGAUGGUUCCGUUCACAGAUGUUGUGGUAAAUAAUUUGUGAAAGAGUAAUGCUACAGUUAUCGAGGGUGUACAUCGAAUUUGUACACUGAAUGACGUGGCAUAAUCCUGACCGUUAAUUUAUUAUCAGUUAAUAUUAAUCAACGGUCAGGAUUUUAUCACGUCAUUCGAUACACAAAUUCGGUGUAAACUUUUCGAUAACUCUAUUAUUUUCCUUUGUGAAAAGAGUAAUGCUAUAGUUACCGAUGGAUGUGCAUCGAAUUUGUGCACCAAAUGACGUGGCAUAAUCCUGACCGUUAAUUUAUUAUCAGUUAAUAUUAAUCAACGGUCAAGAUUUUGUCACGUCAUUCGGUGCGCAAAUUCGGUGUAAACUUUUCGGUAACUCUAUCAUUUUCCUUUGUGAAAAGAGUAAUGCUACAGUUACCGACGGGUGUGCACCGAAUGACGUGGCAUAAUCGUGACCGUUAAUUUAUUAUCAGUUAAUAUUAAUCAACGGUCAGGAUAUAAAAGAUUAUUUGGUCUGUCACUGUAAUUUUAUUCAUAUCUUAAUAUAUUUUAUCCAAAUAUUUAAUUUCAUAAAAUUUGACAGUUGGAUAACAUUUGUAAACAAAUAAUAAAAUUUG